GAUGUUUGGUAUCACACUAAUUGAAGUCACACACUAAAUUCGAUUAGGUGGUUUCCUGCAAUCUGAUUGGCUAAAUAAAUUCUUAUGUAUACUAUUUGGUUGUGUCGAUUCAUUCGCGUUAGUUUCAUGUUUUUGCAAAUUCGACAAUUGUGUGCAUCAUCGAUGGAAAAGUCGCCAAAAAGCCAAACCCGGUCAAGUGGAACACAUCCCAGUUGUCGCUGGCCCCAAACAUGGUCAUGAGGAAGACCAGGGCGAGGAUUUUUCCCCUUUCCACUUGAGCUUGGAGCUCCUUCCCAUCUACUUGCACGCCAUGAUGCACAGCACAGGCAUGGAUGUAGUCGCGCAUGAAUCGGUCGACGCUCUCGUGCUGCCACGUCAUCCCGUGCAUCUCGACGCUCUUGACCAUGUACCCAAUGUCGGCACCACGAUAAGACAAGUUGGACCCGUCGAAAUCGAUGAUCUGGACGCGGGAUGGUCCCAAGUACAAGACGUUGUUGGCGCUGAGGUCGUUGUGGGAAAACACCAAGUCGGAUGAAUCGGGGAAGCAUUUCGAGAGGAUGUUGGUGAAAAAGGGAGUAUUUCCCAACACUUCCAUGGCUUUGUUCACUUGAUUCGCCAGCGCGUGGUGGGCCUCGGGCACUUGCGUCGCGACACGCUCCUUGCGAAGGGGAAAAUUCCUCUGGAACGUCGCGUGCAUCCCUCGCAACCGGUCGGCGAUCGUAUAAGGAUUCCCACCCUUCAGGGCAAUGUACUGCUCCUUCAAUCGAGAGUCGCAAUGCAGCGCCGCCAGUUCCUCGGCCAAAUGCUGCAUGGUGGGUGGAUCCAAGUAGUCGGCUUGACAGAGCGUCCGGCACUCAACGAAUGCGUCCACGCGGCACGUGGCGUCGAUGUACAGCACCUUCGGGUUCCGCCCCAGGUCACCGCGGUACGAGCUGACCAUGUCGUUGACGAGCUUCUGUUCAUGCAGGUCGAACACCAUGCUGAAGAGGUUCUCCAUGGGAAACUUCACCAACACCUUGGUCCCGCGGAACGCCGCGACAAGGAUCUUGUUGGCAGACACGACCUGCAUCUUGGUCACCACUACCUCCUUGUCGGUACCUUCUCCUUCGGCUAGAAGCUGCUUCCACAUCGGAAUCUCCUUGGUCACACGGCGAACCGCCGCCACAUCGACGUCGCAUGGGGUUGAACCGUCC